AAACACCCUCAAGCACGCCCUCCCUCGUCUUCUCCAUGUUCACAUUGAUGUGACACAUUUCGGUGGCUCACGUUGCUGACAGAGAAUUGUUUCCGAGAGCCAAUUUUUUUGCCAAUGUUCUCAUUUCCUUUGCUCUCGUGCGCGCUUUCCAAACGAUGACGGUGAGGGCGGACGGCAUCAACCCGCGCACGGGGAUGGUGGUGGCGAUCUGCAGCGUGUUCCUGGUGUUCGGUUUCAUGUUCACCGUUUCCGGCAUGAAAGGCGAGAAGCUGGGCCGGGUCCCGCUCCUCGCCCUCGGGCCAGCCAUCUGCCUGCCGGGCGUGGCCGCCAUCUUCCUGGCCAAUAAGACGAAGGGCUGCACCAAGUGGCCCUCCUGGCGGCGCCGAUGCCGGCCCAGGAAACAGCGGGGGGGCCCGGAAUCGGGAGACGACACCAUGUCCACCACCACGGUGGGGGAGAGCAGCCGCCUCAUCCAAGACGUGGAGCAGAACAAGCUGCUCCGCUACCUCCGGGACCUCUACCCCAAGAGGGCCUUCGCGGCCGCCAGGGAGAUCUCUGAUUACUGCGCGCUGGAACAGCUGUGCGCUCCGAGGGAGGGCGUGGCCUUUGUCUCAGCCUCCGGCAGUGUGGGGCACGAGCCCCGCGACAGCUUUGUAGUGCUGUCCCCUCGGGACGGAGCCCACAGCCCCUAUGCCUCUUACUGCUGUCAAAUCGAUCCCAAGGACUUCACAUCGGGCCACGAGACUAUGGUCUGACCUGAGGAGCUUCAGAGGAUGUCUGUACUCGCCUGACUUAACACUCGGGAAUGUAUCCACUAGCAAGUGCUGUACAAGUGAAAAUAUAGAGGUGAUCUUCAGGACUCUCUUCAUAUCAGAAAAGCACACUGACAUGAUUUUUCAAUUACAAAUGUAUGCUCAAACAACACUGUCAGAGUGGUAAGCCCACAAGAGCUGAUGUUCAGAAAAACAUAUGAACAACUGCAUGAUAUCAAAAAUGUUGGAAAAGUUCAUUAAAAUUUUUCAUAUUUAUAAUUUCUUUUUUUUUUUUAC